UGAAAUAAAGGCCCUCCAGAUAAUUGGUGUACACCCAAAUAUCGUUAGGCUACGUGAUGUUUUUUCGCACGGACUGGGAUUUGUGCUUGUAUUUGACUUCAUGCCCACUGACUUAAGUGAAGUUUUGCGUAACGUAGAGAGGCCUUUGAGUGUGGAAACUGUAAAGAGCUAUAUGCUCAUGCUUCUCAAAGGCGUUGCGUACAUGCACGCAAACAGCAUCAUGCAUAGGGUAAGCCACUUCCCUCGUGAACAUCUGUUGAAGGACUUAAAACCGGCUAAUUUACUAAUCGAUUCGAAAGGAAUUUUGAAAAUUGCUGACUUCGGUUUGGCGCGCGUCUAUUCGAAUGAAAAUAAUCGUCCCUAUAGCCAUCAAGUGGCGACAAGGUACACACAUUUAUUCCAUACUCCUAACUUAAGGUGGUAUCGUGCACCAGAGUUACUUUACGGAGCCCGAAACUACUCCCUGAGCGUUGAUCUAUGGUAUUUUCUAGUCAACUUUAUAACCACUGUUAGGUCCGUUGGAGCUAUAUUCGGAGAAUUGUUGAAUAACUCUCCGCUUUUUCCUGGUGAAAAUGAUAUUGAGCAACUGUGGUUUGUUAUAAGAGUGCUUGGAACUCCGACCGAAGAAGCGUGGCCAGGCCUUCGAAACCUACCCGACUACAAUAAGAUAUCAUUUACAAACUGCAAACCCGUAGCCUUUGAGGACGUGAUUCUUGAAGCGUCACCACUGGCUAUAGACUUACUCAAGAAGUUUCUUCGUUAUGAACCAUCUGAAAGAGUAACGGCUGAAAAGGUAAAUUCACUUGAAUUUUCCAUGGUCCUUCUGUACAAAUAUUAG